AAAGCCGUGCACAAAGCCCUCUCUUUGCUUCCCAGGGAAAAUCUGAACAUGUUUUUGUAGGUUUUAUAAAGAAGAGAAGGUUGUCUCCGUUCGAAUAUCCAUUUCGUUUGUGUGUUGGCACAUUGUCUUGGAACAAAACCACUUUCAAAGUUCUUUACUUCCCUGUGGAUUUUCUCAUCAGUUAGUGGGUUUUGCUUUUGGAUUCAAUUGGGUGCCUUUUCUGAGCUGAUGGGUCCUGUAAGAGGGUCAAAGAAGAAAAGGAAGACGGAGAAGAAACCUGACGAAAAUGCUUCUGCCUCUUCAGAAAUGGAAGGGUCUGUUGAUUGGUGGGAUGGACUUUCCAGGAGGAUGAAUGGCCUUCAAUCUCCAUCUAAAGGUCUUGAUAAGUUCAAAUCAGUUUUCAGAAUUUCCAGGAAAACUUUCAGCUACAUAUGUUCGCUUGUGAAGGAAGACAUGACGGCUAAGCCAGGAAGUUUCACAUUUUCGAAUGGAAAACCUUUGUCUUUCGAGGAUCAAGUAGCUGUAGCUUUGAGAAGGCUAAGUUCUGGUGAAUCACUAGUGACAGUUGGUGAUUCGUUCGGGCUACAUCGCUCUACUGUCUCGCAGUUGACAUGGCGCUUUGUUGAGGCCAUGGAAGAAAGGGGUCUUCAUCACCUGCAAUGGCCUUCCACCGAUGCAGAAAUGAUGGAGAUAAAGUCCAAAUUCGAAAAGAUUCAAGGACUUCCUAACUGCUGCGGUGUCAUAGAAACUACACAUGUUACAAUGUGUUUGCCUUCUGCUGACCCUGCAAGUAAGGUGUGGCUCGAUCAUGAGAAGAAUCACAGCAUGGUCCUGCAGGCGAUUGUUGACCCUGAAAUGAGGUUCAGGGACAUCGUCACCGGUUGGCCAGGUAAAAUCGAUGACUGGUUGAUGUUUCAGAGUUCGAAUUUCAAUAAACUAUGUGUCAAAGGAGAGAGAUUGAAUGGAGAAAAGUUUGAGGUCUGUAAGGGAUCAGAAAUAAGGGAAUACAUAAUUGGAGACUUAGGCUAUCCUUUGUUACCGUAUCUUGUUAUACCUUACAAGGGGAAAGAACUACCAGAAACUAGUGUGGAGUUCAAUAAAAGGCAUUCGGCGACUCGGCUGGUCGCUAGCAGGGCAUUGGCAAGGCUGAAAGAAAUGUGGAAGAUCAUCCAAGGGGUGAUGUGGAGACCUGACAAACAUAAGUUGCCAAGGAUCAUCCUGGUUUGCUGCUUGCUUCACAACAUAAUUGUUGACUUGGAAGAUGAUGAUGCGCUGGACGAAAUGCCUUUGUCUUAUGACCAUGAUCCGGGUUAUCGACAGCGGAUUUGCGGAUCUUUUGACGUUGAUGGUGUCCACCUGAGAGAUAAACUUUCUCUCUACUUGACUGGGAAAAUGUCACCUUAAUUUCUGAUUCUUGGCAUAGAAAAGGAUUACAAUAGGAUAUUUGGCAGACGAUCAUUUCAUUGAAGUUGGUUUUCUCUUGUUUGUUUGAUUUAAAAUUGUACAAGUUAACACAACAUAAUAUCAGUGCAUUUUUCAAGCAUGCUCCCCAAAGUAUAAAG